UUAUAAUCGACCAUAAUUUUGAUUUUAAUUCAUACAAUAAGCAAAACUACAAAACCAAAAAUUAUAAUUGAGCAUUAUAUAAACUAUAGUUCAUACAAUUAUCAAAUUAUGAAAUCAAAAUCGAACUAUUACAUGCGAAAACAGAGCAUAAUCAAAAUCGAAUGAUUGAGGGAAAAAUUACUCACAUUGUUGCGAAAACGAGUCGACUAAACCAACUCUAGCAGGAAAAAUAGAAUCACAAUCACGAUCAAAAGCAAUUAAGCUAGAAUCACAGUCACGAUCAAACACAAUUGAGCUAGAAAUUUCCAUGGAAGAAGAGAGAGAAAAAUUGGGGGGAAAAUAAAAAAUGCAGGAGAGAGAAAAUGAAAUAAGUAAAAAAAGAGAGAAAUAAAAUAGAAAUUAGGUUAAAAAAAUCAUUAUAUAGUUGCUUGAAUAGAAAGUUAACAAAAAUGAAAAAAGAUGAAGAAAAAAAAAUAGCAGAAUGAUUAUUUAUGGCUUGAAUAUAAAAUGACGUAGUAGCAUGGGGGUGUAGGAGAAGCUAGCUACCCUAGAGUCGAGGCAAAAAUUUGUACAAUUAUAUAUGAUGGGUUCUUACCUUGGGCUUUGGAUGUGGCCAAGCAACUUGGGCUUAUUGGGGUGGUGUUUUUUACUCAGUCUUGUGCAGUAAAUAGUAUUUACUAUCGUGUUCAACGUGGCCUGAUCCAGCUCCCGCUUUCGGACCCUGACUCGACUACCAUCUCGGUUCCUAGGGCUCCGGAGCUCCACCCGUGGGAGGCUCCGUCGUUUGUGCAAAGUUAUGGGUCGUACCCGUUUUGGUUUGAUGUGGUUUUAGGACAAUUCUCAAAUAUUGAUCAAGUAGAUUGGGUGUUGUGCAAUAUUUUCUAUGAGAUGGAGAAAGAGGGAGUUGAUUGGAUGGCUAAGAUGUGGAAAGUAGGAACAAUAGGACCAACAGUUCCAUCAUAUUACCUUGACAAAAGACUAGAACAUGACGCAGAUUACGGUCUUCAACUUCUGAAACCAAAUACCCUAUGCAAGAACUGGCUAGAUUCGAAACCAAAAAACUCCGUCAUCUACGUAUCCUUUGGUAGCGCGGCAAAGUUAUCCGAAGAACAAUUCGAAGAAUUAGCACAAGGUUUAAAAAACAGCCACCUAAAUUUCUUGUGGGUGGUAAGAGAGGCAGAACAAGAAAAACUUCCUAAGGGUUUUAUAGACGAAAUUUCUAACCAAGGUCUUGUGGUGGGAUGGGCCUCUCAGUUAGAGGCAUUAUCACACGAGGCGAUAGGGUGUUUGGUGACACAUUGUGGGUUUAACUCGAUACUUGAAGCAUUCUCCCUCGGAGUGCCUGUAGUGGGGAUGCCUCAGUGGACGGACCAAGGGACUAACGCGAAGUUUGUAGAAGAGGUAUGGAAAGUUGGUGUAAGAGUUAAGGUAGACGAGAAUGGGAUUGUGCAAAGAACGCAAAUAGAGGAAUGCAUUAGGGAUGUUAUGGAAGGUGAGAAAAGUGAAGAGAUUAAGAAGAAUGUGGCUAAGUGGAUGAAGUUGGCUAAAGUGGCAGUUGAUGAAGGUGGAAGUUCGGAUAAGAAUAUUGAUGAGUUUGUGGCUUAUUUAGCCGGAUAUUAGAAGCUGAUAUAAUGAAAUACUACACUUUUGUUCAUUUGUGGCUUAUCUAGCUUAAUUUAUAAUU